AUGGAACACCCGCAAACGCCGUCGCAACAUGGUAUUACUCCUCGCAAUGCUCAACAUCAACUUGCACUAGAGGAUAUAGAACAGCCUAGUGCUGUAACCUAUUCAGCGACACAAUCCCUACAUGCCACUCUAUCUCAUAACCAUCAACAGCCUGUUGAGCCUGUUGAGCGAGCAGGCUUUUCACAAGUAACACCAGGAAAUUUGGAUCAACUGGAUAGAGAUGAUGAUGCUAUUUCAUAUAAUAUCCCUCCUGCCAAACGACAAAUGCGGGACAGGAAGCCGAAUACCCCUAGCAAUACCACAGGAAAUGGCCGAACGCCAGGAAUACGUGCUCAGGACUCUCUCAAAAAAUCUAAACCUGCCAAGGUCAUUGAUACAAAGGCUAAAAUUAGAGAAGAAAUUACCAACGCAACCUUAGCUCAGAGAAAAGCUUUCUUGAUAGAGAAGCAGGAUUACUUCGCACCAUUGCUACAACAAGAAGAGAGGGCCAAACUACCAGCUUUUGUGCCUUAUCAGCAGCUAGAAGCCCAGCCGAAUGGCAUCAAAGCUACUUUAAAGCCUUAUCAGCUUGCGGGUUUAAGUUAUAUGGUCUACUUGUACAAAAAUGGGGCUAACGGCAUUUUGGGUGACGAUAUGGGGCUAGGAAAGACUCUUCAAACACUUUCCUUGAUUCAAUACCUCAAAGAGAACUAUCCUACCUCUGUAAAAGGCAAAUUACAACGCCCGUUCCUUAUUGUUUGUCCUCUAUCAGUCUUGGGAAGCUGGAUGGACGAGACAGAGAAAUGGACUGACUUGCGUCGAAACCUGAUCCCCCAUGCCACUAGAAAGAGAAAGCACCAUGCUAGCCAGGAUUCGUUGCGAAGAGAUCCCAUUUCUCUGGACAGCGAUGAUGAUAUUGAUGCCGGAGUGGACUUGGUCAUUACAACAUACGAUUGUUGUAAGAGCGAGCAAUCUUGGCUUAAAGGGAGUUCCCCGGGGGUAGAUUUAGGCCUACCUCCUAUGAAGGAGGUCCUGCUUCUUGUCUCACUUAGUCCAAUGCAAAAGAGAUGGUAUGAAAAAUUGAUCAAGAAGACGGAUAGGGAGAUUCUACACGAGCUAUUUGAUAACAGUCAGGAGUCAUCUGCUUCGACAAAUCUCGCUUUGGAAUCAACCUCCGGUGGUCACAAUGGCGAGAAGAAUCGUACUACUUGGCAAAGCUUGAUGAACCUUGUUAGUCAACUCCGAAAGGUUUGCAACCAUCCAUAUCAUUUUGAAGAUGCGGAGCCCAAUCUAUACUUUCCUGGCCAACAUCUAAUCGAAUCUUCUGGAAAAUUCAUUGUUUUGGAAAAGCUUAUUACCGAAGCCGGUGGCUUAGGAUUGAACCUCGCGGCAGCUUCUGAAGUCAUUCUUCUCGACCAAGAUUGGAACCCUCAAGUAACAAAUCAAGCAAUUUGUCGGGCCUACCGUGUUGGUCUUAAAAGCCCUCCUAUAGUCUACCAACUUGUUUCUCAAGGUACUGUGGAGGAACAAAUGAUGCCACGAAUUGCUAAGAAGCCCUAUUUGUUAGCUAAGGUCACGGAAUCUAUGGAAGAUAUCUACACCCAGGCUAGACCCUCCAGUAAAGAAAAAUUGAACGGAGCCUCUAGCGGCAACAACAGCAGGAUGCCGGAAAUGGACACUAAACAGCUCAUGACUCUUAUUCGCCGAGGAGCAGCAGUCAUCUCCCGUCCCGAAAUUGAUAUAAACAAGAUGCUGGAAUGGGAUUUGGAAACUACUAUUAAGGUGUGCAGGGACCAAUCCGCAGAUCUCCUUGUUCGGAAAGACGUCACCAAUGGCUCAAAUGUUGAUGAAGAUGAAUUUGAGCGAGAAUGGCUUGCAGAGCGUGAGCGCAUUCAAUCAACAUUGUUCAACGGGGAGACUAUUGAACACCAUCGACCCAAAUCCACCAAAUAUUCAGAGGGUUUUGAACCAUCAGGCAGUAGAGCUGAUCGAAGGAUUGGCAAGGAAAGAACAGUUGCGAUGGGUGGAUACAUGGUUUCUAAGGAUAGUAUCAACAAUGAUCAAUGGGAGGCCGUCAAGACAUUCUCUUCCGCCGACGCCAAAACUUCUGCUCCUAAAUGCGAGAAGAAACCUGACAUCAACUCACAAGGAUAUUGUCAAGUCUGUAAAAUCGAGUAUGGUUCACCACUUAUUCGAUGCAAAGUUUGUCCAAGAGUCUAUCACAACGAAUGUCUCACUGACAUCUACCAACAUAAGGCUCAAAAAUUCCAAUUUGCAUGCCCCCGGCAUACUUGUAAAGAUUGCAAACAAAAAGCUGCAUUUGUUGGUGGAAUGCUUUACAGAUGUCGAUGGUGUGAAAAAGCACAAUGUGAGAAUUGUAUUGAUUGGAAGAGUUUCAAACCGCUUGGGGAUACACUGGUUGGGCUCGAUCUUCUUGAUUUUGCAGAGGCACCUACUGCGUUUUAUGUUCAUUUUCAAGACUGCACUGCGAAGUUUGAAAAGGAUGGGGAGUUUAAAGCUUUAUGUGCGGGGCUCGAGGCGAAAUGGGCUAAGGAGCGAGAGAAAAUGAAUGCUGUUGACGAGGGAAUGGAUGUCAAGACGAAGAUGGUGUUGGCAGAAAAGAAAGAAGAUGAGGGCUCUGCCAACAAGCUCAUCAUUAUCGAAGACGAUGAUGAUGACGUCCAGGCGGUGUCCGUUUCACAGCCUUUGCCAGAAAGUGUAUCGCAUCAUAUUGGUAUGAACAUGGUCAAUGGUAAUAAUAAUGACAACGGCAGAGGUCGGGCUGGUCCUGGAGGGUAUUCCCCUACCGAGUUCGGUUACAAUAGUAUGCUCAGUGUCCCAAGACAAAUGGCUCAAUCUGUUGGCAAUUACAUGGCUGGUGCGCCGGCAAUGAGAGCUUCAGCUACGGAUAUGGAAAUGGUUGAUGCACAAUAUGGAUAUGGUAGAAACAAUGCACAAGCUACAAACAGACCAUACUUCUCAUCCGGAACUCGUAGAGGAGGUCAUGGUAGCUUUAUCAAUGUUCCGAGACAUUCCGGGCAUCCAGAUCCAUACUAUGUAUCUCCAUACGGAAUGAACACAAGAGGCUUUGGUAAUAUGCAGAAUAUCCCAAGACAAGAUGGGUACUCUAGGCAAUUACAACAUCAUGUAUCACCACAAGGAACGAACCCAGAAAGUCAUGGUAGCGUUGGAAAUAUUCCAAGGUACUCUGGACCACCACAAGCUACUAUUGCUCCUACUGCGGCUACGUCUACGUCUAAGCGACGAGGUACUGAAGAGGCUGGUACUGGUCGGUCGCAAUGGAACUUUCAUGGAUGA